AUGGAGCAACACAGUACUCUGCCGACAGUCGAAGGUCCCAUUGUCGGCUUCCGGAGAGGAUAUCCAUUUGCCUCCUACUAUGGAAACAUCAGAUCGAUCGGGUAUGUCGAGGAAGAGUAUUUCAUUAGCGGCACGGCGACGAGGUAUCAGCCGGUAUGCAACCUCACCGAUGAUGGUCGAUGGACUCUCCAAACGACAAACACAAGUGCCUACAGGACUCGGAUUUUGGUGCACCGUCCAACUGACGAGAAGAAGUUCAAUGGGAUCACCGUUCUCGAAUGGAUCAACGUUUCUUUUGGAUACGAGGUUUCGUUCGGGGGCGACACACCGGGUUUGUACGAAGAUGGUGCCGUCUACAUCCUGAUUUCCGCGCAGCCUGUUGGACUUUAUGGCUUACAAGUCGCCAACCCACAGGGAUUGAGGCAGUGGGAUCCGGCACGUUAUGGGGGUCUAUUCAUUCCUGAUGACGCGAUUUCUUACGACAUCUAUACUCAAGUCGCCUGUAUUGUCAACUCUUCUCUUGGACAAAGUAGAAUACUAGGUGGCUUCCAACCCAGCGUCGUCGUCGGUGUGGGUGGUUCUCAGUCCGGGUCACGUCUGUUAUCCUGUGUCAAUGGUGUCCAGCCUCUAGUGGAGGCGUUCGGUGUGCUCAUGCCCUUACUUGCCGCCAGCCACGUCAGCAGCCUCGAUGUUGACCCCCCGGCAACCAAGCAGGGCGGAUCUGAUAUGAAAACGAUUACAAAGAUCCGCACAGACUUGAGCAUCCCUGUUCGUCACCUCUGUGCUUGCCCAAGCUCAAAUGAUAACGCAGAAAUCGAAGGCUACGGGCAAGAAAGGGAACCGCGCGCCGCCUAUGCUCGUCGCACAUCGCGGAGGGUGGAUGAUGGGCGACCAUGCCGUGGAAGAGGGCGUUUGGAGCUACACUGCGCUCAUCCCAGAGCUGUCUCGGAAUGGCUGUUCAGCAUCUAG